AUGGAUGAAAGCUCUGUUGUCCCUUACCCUACUGGUUUCGACAAUAUCGCUCUGGUCAAGCUACCAGUUGUUUUACGGUUUUCGGAAGAAGUGGCUCCAAUUUCUUAUGGGUCAGGCUCAACUGCUGCUAAGGAGGAUACUCCGAGCUACAAGCGAAAUAAUGGAUUCGUUGUGAUGCCAGGAUUCUCGCCCGCUCAUGAUCAAGGAUUGACCUACGGAAUGUUCAGAUUAAUAUCGCCUACGGAAUGCAAAGCGCGAUAUGGGAAGUCCUACGAUGAAUACUUGCAGAUUUGUACAUUGAGCUGGGAUAGCUAUAAUCACGUUCCAUGUGAGGGUAAUGAAGGCGGUGGCUUAGUUAUUGGUUGGCCGCGGCAGCCACGUCUAGUUGGAAUCUUCACAUCUCCUUUAAACUGCGUAUCAGAUAUGCCAUCAAUUUAUGUUAAUUUGGCGAGAUAUGAAAAUUGGAUUAAUGAGGUGACCCGUAAUGGUUACAAAUCUUCUUAUUAUUACUGGCGUUUUCAAUAA